AUGUGCACGGCGACGAUUUCUGGGAAAUCCAAACUGCAGUUGCAGCAAAAACUUGGCAGCUCAGCUCACCCACUCAUUAUUUCACUCUACAUGGACGAAACUCAGCUUACAAACUUUGGAUCCAGCACUUUAUGGCCAGUGUAUUUCUGGAUUGCCAACAUACCGACCAGUAUGCGUCGCUCAUUUGGUCCAGGUUCCGCUAAAUUACUUGGAUACUUGCCCAAGGUUCACUCGAACCAGGGCGUUCGAGCAGCUGAUAUUGCUCAUCUUCGGAAUCUUGUAUUCCACGAGUGCUUUCGAGUAAUCCUGCAACCAAUUUCCGACCUCUCACGUUUUGGAGGAGUUUUUAGGACUAGUAAUGGCAGCCACCUGCAGCUGGUGCCAAUUAUUGGUCUCCGGCUUGGAGAUUACCCCGAGCUGUGUCGCAUGGCAAGCAUAAUCUCUGAUGGUGCGGCAGCAUGUCCCAUGGGGACAACGCCUACCAACGAGUUCACCCAAACUACCAUUGUCUGUCCACCUCGCGAUCAUGCGAGUGAAGUCAAGGCAAUUAGGAAUGAGGUGGGAACAUCAAGUUCCUUUGACCCAGACAUGCCGUCGACAAAAUCAUAUGGUAUUCGAGCGGUCGAGAGUGGUUUUGCUCCAGCCAUAAAUACCUUCUUUCCGGGAUGCAGAACUUUUGGGCUUGACACCCUUCACUGGGAGAGCCAAGGCGAAUAUGGACGAACAUGGCUGCCAGAGCUACUCAACCAGCUCACUGAUAAACUCAAGGCGGCUCUUAAUUAUCAAUUCCAAAAAACACCUCAAUACCCUGACUUGAUACACUUUGCUCAAGGCAUAACCUCACUACAAUGGCGAUCUGGAUCAGAUCACCGUGCUAUCUCGAAGUUAAUUGUUCCCAUCCUAGACAUGAUUUUACCUCGAGAUAUUGAAAACCGAAUCGAGAUUCUCCAACUAUUCCGAACACUUGGCGAACGUUCGCUUAUACUUCACUUUCCUAUCCACACCUCGACCACAUUGGAGCUACUCAGAGAGGUGCUGGAAAGUGCCGCAGAACGAGAGAAGCCACUGGCUAUCAAUUGGAAAGUCAGUUUACGCCGACCCAAGCACCACAUGGUAUUCAGCCAUGCAAUUCCGUCGAUUAUUGAAAAAGGGCCAAGCUCUGUAACCGACACUGAAACUGGUGAAGCAUGUCACCGGAUCUCAAAGGGGGAUUAUAAGAACACGAACCACCAAACAGAUUCUUUUCAGCAACAGCUACUGGAUCGUGUUCUCCGAAGGGAGGCACUUGUCAAGAUUCGUGAGAGAGUCGAAGAACAAGCAAGGGACGAAUCUGAUGACGAAUCAAAUGAAACCAACGAGGUGUCCAAUUUUCGCCUUGGUUCUACUGGUCGCCUUGAGAACUUGGCCAGCCAGCUUCGCGUCCUCUCAACGCUACUCCAACCCGUCGAGUGGCAUGUACUGUAUACACAGCUCCAGCAGGAGCUGAGUCAAUACAUCUAUCUUGGAAUCCCUUCGCUUCAAGUUCAUGGAGUCAGAGUUCCUCGUCAAGACCAUCUUCCUGACGUUGCGGGCCUCGAGGGCAAAAUGUCGAAACUUGUGAGGAUCAAGUAUGUCUCCAUGCUGACGAAGCAGCUCGAAACCGACAUUCUGCGAAGCAACUCUGACUGGCGCAAGAAAGGCGCCAGAUAUGAUUUUGGCCUAAUUAACAAGUACGCAAACGUGCUUUCUUGCGUUCAAGUAGUUGGUCUUUUCACUGUCAUUGUCGACAACAUGCAUUAUCCGCUGGCUAUUUCGACAGCCGCCUCCGUCGCGACUUCAAGGCGGACAAGAUCAUUCAAGAAAUCCUCCAAGUCAUCAUCGUCGAGGAAAUACGACUCUUCUGCUCGUUCGUUCAGCCCCAAGUUGGAAAUAACGUCCACACGGUCGACCUCGCUCAUUCAAGACUUUUGCGCGCUCAGCCCAGUGGCGGUUCUCCGUCAGGACAUCCAGCUCGCCCAGCUAGUGUCCAUCGCCAUUAGCAACAGAUGCGGAGAGGAUCUCGACGUCACGUGGUAUCUGCAGCGGGCCGUCGAGCUGGCGCAUCUGACGCUGCAACUCCAUGCCAGGAUGAGGCUCAUCGAAGAAGCGUUCCAGGCCACGAUAAGGGCCGAAGCGGUAGAAAAAGGGGCUCUCCGAGACGACAUAGGCGACGACGAGACAGACUGA